CGGGGCCCGGCGGCGCGAGGCUGCCAGUGGCCUGAUCCUCCAGCCAAUGGGCGCCCUCCUCAGGUGAGCCCGUCAUCGAUGUUGCCGUGGCAACGCGCAUCUUCGUAAGACGAGACGGGGAACGCGCGAUCUCUCCUCACUGACUGGGAGCCAAUGGGAACGGGGAGCCGGGAGUGAUGGAGAGCGGGCAGCCGCCGGGCUGAGCAAACAGGCCCUGACCUGGCGGGGGAGACAGCAGUCCGGUCACAGCAUCACCUCACACGUGUGAUAGCCUAUAGUGGGAGCUGUGUGUACAUUCAUAUCACCCAAUAACAUGAUCCUGGGACUGACUGGGGCUAGGCCACAUCAUUAGCUAGGGGCUUGCAUUAUUAUAUUGCUCAUACAGCAGCCAUUAGAUAAGUCUGCACCAGCUGUGUGCUCCUGGUCAAUCACAUGACAUGUAGGGAUCAGAGACUGAGGAGAUCCCACCUAAGAAAAUGAUAUGAAGAUUUUCAAUAACGACAGUGAAACAUGGAGGACAGAGAUGCUUGUUGUACCAUGAAAGACCAAAUGUUUUCAGAUUAUGACAGUGAUGAAACUAUUGUGGAUGACUCCAUUACUGGCAGUGAUGAGGAAAUAGAUGAGUUGCAGCUAAAAAGGUUAUUCCUGAGCAGUGAUAUCUCUGUCACACUGGGAAAGAGUAGAGCAGGCCAACAAUCUCCAGAGAUACAACAUAUGUGCAAAUCAGUCACAAGAAUGCAUCUGGAUAGAAUGAAGACCGCAACAAAACAGGUUUGUGAAAUUCUAUCAGAAGAGGAGGCUUCUCAAUCCUUAUUAAGGAACUGGACAAAGGGUUUUGGCAAUCCCGACUCAAUUAUAUCUAGCAAAGAAAGCAAGGUUCUUUUGGACCACGAAAACUUUUCUGGUCUGUGUGAAGAUUCUCAACAUUUAAUUCAGUCAACUGAAUGUGAGGUGCAGGAACCUCACAGUGAGAAUGAGUCACCUGAAACAAGUUUGCUGACUGGAGUAAUAAUCAGAGACCAUUCCAAUCCAGAAAAAGAACCGGUAUUGCUAGACAAUGAUGAACCACAAAACGAAGCCCCUGAACUCAUUCCUACAAGUGAAAGGGGCAAAGUUGAGAGUGCAAGUGAAGAGACAGUUUGCUCACUUGAGCCUCCUGAUCCUAAAGAAAGCAGAAAUCUGCCCAGAACUAUUACUUCUGGUCUGAACAGGAAUUCAUUGCUGGAACCUCUAAGUGAUUCUGAGAGUAUGACUCAAAUGGAAGAUAUGGUAGACAGCCAGGAAUACCUGUCAUUCAUGGAAGUGUCUACAGAUGACAACAGCAAUCUGAUUUCUGAGGUUCUUAGAGCAAUUAGCUCUAUGCAAAGUCCAGAGGUACAAUCUACCAGGGAUCAGCUAGGACACAUUAUUGUGAGUGAUUACAGUGAUGGAAAAAGCCAAAUUAUAAUGACACAACACAGUGAGUGUUAUGAUGAUCACAAUCAGGAACCCGGGUUUACAUUUGUGCAUGAGGAUGGAGACCAUGGGAGAGGGAAAGAUGGAGAUAUAUUCCCCAUACAGAAGACUGACAAGGAAGAGAGGGAAGAAACUUCUUGUGCUAAAGAGAAUGCACCACAAAGAUCUUCACCUUUUCAUGCAGCUGAGAUUUGUGGGCUUGUUUCCAGCCAUUGUCCUGGUGCAGAACAACAGUUAUUAACUGAGGUUUCACUUCAAGGCUACAAAGAGACGUGUACAAUUAUUACAGAGGAUCAGAGCCACACAAUUGCAGCUGAUGAUCAUGCUUUGUGUACCCAAUUUAGUCCAUCAGUAACGAACAAUGCAAAGCCAACAGUUAGUGCGGGAAGUUCUGCCACUUGUGCUGUCGCCGGUGCGAGGAGUAGCUGGAGAAUUCGUAAGCAGGUGCGUGACAUGGCUCACAAUGACAGGGAACCCCCUGCAACGCCUCUUACUCAAAAGCUUUGA